AAUCCUAUGCAAAAGUACUUGUCCUAUGCAAUGUGACUUUGUAGGACAAACAUAUAUAUGGCAUAUCCUACGGUUGCAUCCGACACCUUUCUAAACGCAAAAACUUCUUUUUCUUUAGAAAAUCUGGAAUAAUCGUGAAAAUUUCUGAACAAUUGUUGUUAAACAACGAAAUUUGGAAUGAUCCCGAGAAGGAUUAGUCAUGCUUUCCUAUAUAGCGCUGUUUUCGUCCUUUUUUCAUUGUUUCUCUCAAUUGAAAGUGAAACUAGAGGACUACAUUUCCUGAAAAACUGUGGCCACUACAAGAUCAGAGAUGUGAGUUCGGAACUUUCAUACAUGGUCACGUGGCAAGGAGAAAAGAUGCCCUUAUCGUCCUGUAUACUGGGGUUCUCCGGGCCGAUAGGAGACACAAUAUACACCAGGUCCGUCUGUUAUGACACAGUAUCCUUCCAAGUCAAGGACUGCAAAGUCAAAUUACAGUUUUCAGAAAAAGAUGGAACAAAAGCCAAGAACUAUUCAUGUGCCCACAAACCCAGAGUCUGGUGCGCAGAAAGCAAUCACAUUGCCAAUAUCAACCUCAUAGGAGCGGAUCUAAACUCGUCCGACACAUCCUCAUUCAAAAUUCUGGUUACAGCACAGAAAACAAACACAUUGUUGUACAUGAAGAUUGGAAUCAGUGUUGGACUAGUCUGUCUUUGUGUCACUGGCAUUCUUGUAGCCGUGUGCUGUUUCAAGAAACAACAGAAAGUGAAAAAGGACUCCGAGCUAGAUUACACCAGACUGUCAGAAUAAACACAGAAUUUGUUGUUUGUUUGUUUUUUAUUAUUAAAAAAGCUAUUAAUUCUUU